UAUUCGAACACAGCUUAUGUGUUUUGACCUUACAAAUAUGUCCACCAACCUCCUCUUAUUCACUCACUUCCUGUCGGUGCACAAAAUGAGUGUCAAUAUGAACCCCCUGUUUCCGGCAAUGCCUCCUUUCCGGCAGCGGCUAUUUCCUCGCCAACAUGCCACUCGCAAAAGACUUGUUGCACCCAUCCCCUGAGGAGGAGAAGAGGAGCCACAAGAAGAAGCGUCUCGUCCAGAGCCCUAACUCCUAUUUCAUGGAUGUUAAGUGCCCAGGAUGCUACAAGAUCACAACUGUGUUCAGCCACGCUCAGACGGUUGUGCUGUGUGUGGGUUGCUCCACAGUUCUGUGUCAGCCCACUGGCGGCAAAGCACGUCUCACAGAGGGGUGCUCAUUCAGGAGGAAGCAGCAUUAGUUGUACUCCCGAUGCCCUGGUAGAGAUGUAAGGGAGAGGGGUUGGACAGGUUGAUUUCAGCGACUCCAGCCUUGAAACAGCAGUCCCUGCAUCCAAGAAACAGCGGAUUGAUCUAGAAGUGCUCAUGACGUCUGGACGCCGGAUGGGAGUACUCUGUGAUAGUCCACUUUGUUGCUGUAACUCAACUCUCCAACCAGUCUCUUAAUAAAAUAUUGUUUUGGCUAAAGAA